CACUUAUACUCCUUCUGACUUUUUGGUUGUAAAAUUUAAAGAAUGACCUUUAAAAUGAGAUCAGGAUUAAGACUGUAAUCAAAAGGGUUGAAGAACAGUAACCCCUUUAUUUUGGGUAAAUUAUUUUCGGCCAUAUGCACAAAAUGGGGGUGCCUGGUAAGAGGGUCGUAGAUAUGUUCCUUAAGGUGCAUUAUAAGAAUGUUAAGAGCCUCAGAAUUUAGUUUAAUUAGUGAUGUGAAAAUAACAGUGCCGCAUCAUUCACCUAAAUGUUUUGUGAAGCUCUCUGAGUUCUUUGCUCGUCCCCGUGUAGGUCUAGUGCGCGCUCUCGUGACCAUGUCGCCAUUUUGAUUCGAAAAAUAUGACUGAGUUUUUCCUGCUUUGCAUGCUAAACUUAGCUUCGCGUUUGAAUUACUUUGUGCGUGAGUACGAAUCAUACACUCUAUAUCUGAAAUAUCAGGCAUUGCUAUUAAUGUGAAGUAGCCGUUAAUGUUGGGGGACUGUUUAUUUGACAGACUUCAAAGCCACAUUUUGACUAACGUUAGCUAAGUUGAGCUAACGUUAGCUAACAGCAGCCUCUGCUGUCGCAGACUGACCCCUUCUUCAAAACAAAUCACUCACAGGCUGAUGUGUGUUAGCGGAUAGUUAGCUGGAUAGCUGGCUGCUUGACGAUAAACUCCAACAACAAUCCAACACAGACGAAAGGAAUAGCGGAGGACUUUAAAUCAAAGGUUAUGUUGAGCCUCUCAGUGUCUCAUCUCCUAAAGAGGCCUGCGUUUUAAGAGGAGACCCAUGCUGAUAAAUGCCAGGCCUCGCCACACUCUCUGUCGUCUGCACAAACACAAAUGCCUGCCUGCCCGUGGGGGAGGUCUGAUUAAAGAUAUCCACAUUUCAUCCACUGGGCUGUGUCCCCCGUCCCAGCGGCCACCAUGUUUUGGAAGUUCGACCUACACACCACCUCCCACAUCGACCAGCUGCUGGACAGGGAGGACGUGACGCUGAGGGAGCUGAUGGAGGAGGAUGACGUCCUGCAGGAGUGCAAGGCUCAGAAUCGUCGACUGCUGCUCUUCCUCUCCCAGGAUCACUGCAUGCAGGAGUUGGUCAGCCUCAUCACCACAGAGCCACCCGCAGACCUGGAGGAGAGGAGCCGCUUUAAGUUUCCCAACAUUGCGUGUGAGCUCCUAACAGCAGAUGUGUCCAUCAUCAAUGAUAAACUGGGCGGGGACGAGUCUCUCCUCGAGAUACUGUACCACUUUUUGGAGCAGGACCCGCCCCUCAACCCGCUACUGGCCAGUUUCUUCAGCAAAACCAUCGGCAAUCUCAUCGCCAGGAAAACCGAACAGGUGAUCACCUUUCUAAAGAAAAAGGAAGGCUUCAUUGGUCUGGUGCUGAAACAUAUAGAUGCCUCUGCCAUGAUGGACCUGCUGCUUCGCCUCAUCAGUUGUGUGGAGCCUGCCCCCUUGAGGCAGGAGGUCCUCCAUUGGCUGAAUGAGGAGAAGUUGGUUCAGAGACUCACAGAGCUUAUCCAUACUGGCAAAGAUGAGGAGAGACAAUCAAACGCGUCCCAAACGCUUUGUGACAUCAUCCGCCUUAGUCGAGACCAGGCCAAUCAGAUGCAGGAGAAUGCGGAGGUCGACCCACUAUUGGCCGUGCUAGAGUCGCAGGAGAGUGUAGCGGGACUCCUCAAGAACAUGUUUGAGGGGGAGAGAAGUGAGGCCUCCAUUGUUAACGGAACUCAAGUGCUACUUACCUUACUGGAGACCAGGAGGUCUGGGUUGGAAGGGCUGAUGGAUCUGUAUUCUCAGGGUUAUGAAAGGUCUUACACUGUCAACAGCAGUAUUUUAAAUGCCAUUGAGCCCCAUUUAAAGGACUUCCAGCAGCUUCUUCUGGAUCCCCCCAAGAAAAGUGCAAUAUUGACGACCGUUGGCGUUCUAGAGCAGCCACUGGGGAACGCCCGCCUUCAUGUGGCCCGGCUGGUGGCCGCCCUGCUGCAGACCAGUGCCCCCAGUAUCUGCCAGGAGCUCUGCAAUCUUGCCACCAUGGACCUACUACUGGAUCUGUUCUUCAAAUACUCCUGGAAUAACUUUUUGCACUUCCAAGUGGAGCUGUGUGUGGCGGCUAUCCUGAACCACCCUUCCUCAGAGGAGCGGCCCAGCCCAGGCCUCCAGAACCACGACGGGAAGCCUGCAGCAUCAGCCGCUGAGGCACAGGGGGAGGCAGUGGAGACAGGCGGGACCAGUGAACCACAGACCUCCAUUCAUAAUGCCCUUGUGGCACAUCUCUUCCAGCAGUGUCGAUUGGUACAAAAGAUCCUUGACGCCUGGGAGGAGAAUGAUAAAAUACAGGCUGAGGGCGGCACCAGAAGAGGCAACAUGGGUCAUCUGACCAGAAUUUCCAACAUGGUGGUCCAGAACCUUGAGAAAGGACCAGUACAGGCUCAGAUCACUGAUCUCAUCAAAGAGCUGCCAGAAGACUGCAGAGGUCGCUGGGAGAGCUUUGUGGACGAGACCCUGAGAGAGACUAACAGGAGGAACACGGUAGAGCUGGUAAGCACCCACAACAUGCACUCGUCCAGCGAGGACGACGACAUGGAGAGCCCCUUCCCCAACGACCUGUCGCUCCAACAGGCCUUCUCCGACUAUCAGAUCCAACAGAUGACUGCCAACUUUGUGGAUCAGUUUGGGUUCAACGAUGAGGAGUUCAGCGAGCAUGAUGAAAAUAUCAACGCCACAUUUGACAGAAUUGCCGAAAUAAACUUCAAUCUAGAUGCUGAUGAUAAUAGUGCCAAUGCGGCUGCUUUUGAAGCCUGCUGUAAAGAGAGGAUACGCCAGUUUGAUGAUGCUGAAGAGGAAGAGGACAUUUGGGAGGACAAGGAGAUAAACUAUGCAACACAAGCUAAAUCCAGAACAAGGUUUGGGGUCUCUCAAACCUCAGAGGGAAGCUCCAGGAGCAGCAUGGAGAAUGGAGGCAGGGAGCGAGACCGUGGAUCUGAAUCUGAUGAGGACGAGGACUCUGAGCAGAACACGUCAGACACAGGUCCGGGCUGGACAGCAAAUUUCAGGGACUCUGGAGGGAAUGCGGCAUCCCAAACCCCGGCAGCAUGGGACACCUCAGCUGGAGGCGGAACAGACACACAGGAAACAGGCUGGGCCAACUUCACUGAGUUCCAGCCUUUCUCUGGUACAGAGACUGAUCCCAGGUGCAGCUCUCCUGUGGACUCGGGUAGCAGCGACGCAGAUAAACAAGCCAAACAAAACCACGAGAAGAGCGAUGUUAGUGCCUCCCCUGGUGCUCCUCCGGCAGGAGAAGGGAGGAAAGCUCCUCUCGUGGCCUCAGACAGCAGCUCCUCCGGGGGAUCUGACAGCGAGGAGGAUGACAAAACUGCCGGUGCUCCUCCCGCUGCAGCCAUCGCCUCGGAAACAGCCGGCACCCCCGGCAACAAGACAGCUGACCUCAAAAGUGAGGAGAGUCCAGUGUCUCUGGAGAAACUCUCUCUGUCAGAUCCUCCGAAAGCAUCAGAACAGCAGCCGUCUGAGGAUUCACCAGUAACCACACAGACUGACAGGAAAGAGCAAACGCCACCGCCCCAGGAAGUGUCCGUCAACGGGCCGGUCUGAGCACGAGCAGACGGUGAAAUCCCCAAACAGCUACGGUUGCCGCUGACUGUCAGCCUCCUCCAGAGUGACUUCCCCCUAAAUAAACCUCACUGGUGUUUUUACUGAA